AUGCCGCCGCCUGAACAUUCAAUCAAUGUUGAUUCUUCAACGAAUGAUAUAAACGAGGAUGAUGUUGAAGCAUAUGAUGAAACCAGUAGUUUAUUGCCUCAAGAAGGGACAACAUCAAAUUCUGGAAAAAAUUCUACAAAAGAUGCAAUAAUUGAAUUAAACAAAGAAAAGAAAUUAUUUAUGAAAAAGAAUAUUAUCAAACUUCUUAUAUUGGUUGCUUUCAUUUCAACACUUAUUGCACUUUUAUUGAUCUUUAGAAUUCAAGAUCAUAUUAAAGAUUAUUUAAAAUAUAUUGAAAUUCAUAAAAAAUAUGGAAUAUUGAUUUAUCUAACCAUUUACAUUAUUUGCGUCUGGUUUUUCUUACCAGGGUCUUUGAUAAGCAUAGCAGCAGGAUUUUUAUUCAAGCCAUCAAUAUUAGCAGGUGCCGUUAUUAUUACUGGUGAUGUUUUAGCAGCACUUGGCACUUUUUUGUUUGGAAAAUAUAUAUUUUCAGAUUGGGUGAUGAAUCAAAUUGAGAAAAGACCAACGUUUAAAGCUUUGAAUGCAGUGAUUACUGAAGAAGGUUGGAAGAUUGUAGUAAUGUUAAGAUUAACACCUUUACCUUUUAGUUUGAUCAGUUACUUUUUUUCUGUGAGCUCAAUCAAUUUGUUCACAUUUCUUUGGGCAACUGCAAUUGGUGUAUUACCUGGGACUUUUAAUGCUGUAUGGAUGGGAUCAUUAGUAAAAAGUUUGAGUGGAAUUGAUAAACCAAAGUUAAAAGAAAAAGAUAUUACCAUUAUCACAAUGAAUUUUAUUUUUGUUGGAUGUUGUGUAGUUGCAUUGUCUAUAUUGGGUAAAAGAUCUUUAAGGAAGGCAAUGAUUAAAUUGGAAGCCUCAAAUAACACACAAAAUGAAGAAAAUCAAUCAACUGUUCCAUCACAAUCAAAUCUUGUGGAAGAGGAAUCAAUUAUAAAAACUAAUGCAGGACAAUUUACACAUAAUUGGACUUGA